GGACACGGAGCUGGUGGGAUCGCAUCAUGGCCUGGGCACCUCUGCUCCUCGCGCUGCUCGCCCAUGGCUCAGGUUCCCUGGUCCAGGCAGCGCUGACUCAGCCCCCAUCGCUCUCAGUGGAGCCAGGAAAGGACGCCCAGAUCACCUGCUCCGGGCUUAGCAGCAGCAGCAAUGUUGGUUGGUACCAGCAGAAGGUGCCUGGCAGUGCCCCUAUCACUGUGAUCUACGGUAGCACCAAUAGACCCUCGGGCAUCCCUUCGCGAUUCUCCGGAUCCAAGUCCGGCACCACGGGCACGUUAACCAUCACUGGGGUCCAAGCCGAGGAUGAGGCCGUCUAUUACUGUGGUGGCUACGAUGGCAGCAAUUAUGGUGUAUUCGGGAGCGGGACCAUGCUGACCGUCCUAGGCCAGCCCAAGGUCUCCCCCACUGUGUACCUCUUCCCGCCAUCCAGCGAGCAGAUCCAGUCUGAGAAGAAAGCCACCCUGGUGUGUCUGCUAGGAGAGUUCUACCCUGGCACCAUGGAAGUGAUCUGGACAGCUGAUGGCAAAGUCAUCAGCAAUGGGGUCGAUACCAGCCUGGCGGUGCGGCAGUCCAACAACAAGUACGUGGCCAGCAGCUACCUGACGCUGGGUCUCUCUGACUGGCAGGGCCAUGAAAACUACUCCUGCAAGGUCAAGCACGAGGCUGGCGAUGUAGAGAAGAGCCUGAAUAGAUCCGAGUGCUCCUAACCCCACUGGGACAUCCCUGUUCCCUGUGGACCUUCAUGACCCACUCCCUCUUCCCCACCAUGAGGGGCAGGGGCUCUCCCCCUGCCGCAGAUGUCUCCCAGUGCCCCGUUCCUGUCCCCCUGCCCUGAGUGUCCCACAAAUAAACACUGACACUGAACUAGUGCUGGCUCAGCA